AAACCAUUGUGAAAUCUGUACUGCCUCAGGAAGCAAAUGUGAAUCAUGUUGGGGUAUCAGGUGGCUGAAUGGAUCAAGCUUAAAAGGUUUGAUCUGGUCUAGAAGGAUGUGCCUUCUAAAACACUGUGAAGUAAUUUGAAGACUCUCCCUGAAGAUGUCUAGAUGUGCCCUCCUCAGCAGGGUCUCCUCUCUGACAUAUCCUGACACAUUAGGUGGCUUCUUUGGAGUCAGCUCUUUUCCAAAUAAAGGUGGGUCAUGCCAUUCUGUUUCAACAUGUCAUUCUGUUUCAACAGAAAGUUUUGUCUGUUAUUAUUUUUAAAUUAUUUUUAGGAACUUGUUGAUGUGGUGCCUUGGAGUGUGCAGGACUGUGGCAGGGCAGCUCACGACUGACAGCUGCUGGUGAAUAAGAGAGCUGCCUGGAGAUCUCCUCAGAGUGCAGGCAAGCUUUGACAGAGAAAGUGACAAGGUGACAAGCAGAAGAACUGACUGAGUAAUCCAGCUAUCUUUUAGUGACAUGCCAGUUUCUGGCUUUCAUUUGAUACAGGUCAGUUUUGGAGUCUGGGUGAAUUAGGUGCAAUUCUACGAAUCCAAACUUUACAGAGUGAGUACCCUGAAAAAAUCACACAGUCAGAAGAUGAAUAGAGCUGUGAUGGUAAGGAAAAGCAAGGAAAAUAUAGAGACUGUUUUCAGGUAUGCUUUUCUUGUGAGAUGGAGGUAAAGUUAAACAGUUAUAAGGGUGAUUGAGAGGCUGGAAAUAAGUGUGUGUCCCAAGGAGCCAGUAGAUGACAGGCACUUUGCUGGGUGCCUAUGUGCAUGACCACCUUUAAAAAAAACUCACAGUAGUCUGUGAUCCGAGCUACUGAUGAGACUGAUAUUUGUGAGAGAGGCAAGGAUUCAUCUCAUUCCAUCUGAACUUCCUGAUCUGGCCUGACCCAAGAUGAGGACGUCACACCUCUCUGCCUGCACAAUCUCCUCCAGUCCAUUAGUAAACUAGUUUGAAAUGUAAUGGGAAGGAGGUACAGAGCCAAGGAAAUCUUUAACUUGAUGAUGCUCAUCAGUAGGAGUAAUCUAUUCACACAGAAGCAACCCAAGUGGUAGUAAUGUGUUAUUUUUUUAAGGCUGUCCUGUCAGCAAAUUAUUUAAUACUGUAAGAUAUUUGUAUGCAUAAUUUAUAAUAAAUCCCACCGCUAGGGACAGGCAUUUGACUUUUUAAUAAUUUGUGAAAGUUUUCAUGAUGUGGGACAACUCACAUUCUCUGUGUAUGUCUUUCAGUUUAACAGCUUAUGGAUUUAAAAUUACCUUGGAUUAUUUCUUCCAGCAGAAUUCUGGGUUAUAGCCAUGAGACAUAUUGCCAGGGCUAGCUGGCACAUUGCAGUUCUGCAGGCAAGACAAGAACUGCAUGGAUACUGCAAAAAAAAAAAAUCACAAACUCCCUCAAAACUAUACUACAGGCAGCUUUGGCAAACCCUCAUUGGAUCUUUUCCAAUGAGAACUUAUAUCUCUAGCACCACUAAAACACAUCCCAAAGAAUGGAUGCACUUAUGGGAGAUGUGUAGACCUCUUGCCAUCACCUGCUUUAGCAGACAGAAAAGCAUCCCUCUUUGUGACUUUGGUAACAGAGGUGGCUGGUCAGCAGGUCCACCUGAGUGCUGCUGCUGGCCUCAGCAGCACUGCAUUACACACUCUGCAGUUCAGGCUCCUGUCCAGAGGCCCCAGGGUUGGAGUUCUCACCCAUACCCACAGCUGGAGGCUUUGGCUUGGCCAGUGCCCAGUGGGAUGCUGGAGCAGCACACCCAGAACUGGCUGGGACCAAAUUCCUGGCGCUGGAGGAAUGACACUGACAGCAGCUGAGCUGAGUCAUACUUGUAAAAUUAUUCUGAAAGGUGCCCUGGAAAAAAACCAUUUAAACAGAGGAAGGAAGCUGAGUCCCUGGAUUUGCUCAGCUACUUUUUAUUGCUGCAGACACUGCUGGCAGCCUCCUUCAUGAGAGACCUGUCCAAAGUGGUUGAGCUCAAAGUGUACCUUGGCAGGGGCCCAAACACACAGGGUUCAUGUUCAGACAUGGCAUCUCAGUGUGCCUUCAGAUGACCCAAAGGCCCCCUAGAUCCUUCUGCCUCCACAAUGGUCACAGACACCUUUUUCCACUGGCCUUUGUGUUUGGUCUCCCUACUGCUUGAAAGUAUUUUAAAGCAGCAACCCCUCAGAAAAGUGCACCUGCAGCAGUGGGGUUUGAGCAUGAAGGUGAGUGAAAAGAGACUGGCUGUUUCACACUGUCACACACAUGCAGAGUAUGUAGAGGGAAAGCAUUAUUCCAGGAGGGUCAAACUUGAGUGUUGUCAAGUGUGCACCAGGAUGGGGACCUGUGGGGCUGAUAGGACUGUUUCAAGGCCACUUUUGGAGCUGGGGAAUGUGCUGGGUUGGUUGAGGUGAGCACAGUGAUAGGAUGUCUGAGGAUUCUGUUUAUUCUUACCCUAAAAGCACUGACUGACUAAAUGCAGUCCUAAUUGUGUAAGAACCCCUCUUCUGUGCAAUCAAAUUCAAGCUGGUGCCUCAUGCCACUCGGUAGGAAGAGAGCCCUGUGGGGAAGGGGUGUCCCAUUUCCAAAACCAAACUGCAGCCCCAAUGUUAUUUCCUCACAGCUUCAAGUUGGUAUGUGAGUCAAUAAAAAUCCCCAGCUCACAUCCUUCCCAGAAAUGCCAGUCAAAACCCAAGCAGCUAUUCACCCAAAGUACCAAUUUUAUAGUUCUGUGUGUGUCUAUAAUCUAUUUACCAGCAUUCCUAUUUCAGUAUGUGCCUGUUAAUAAGAUUAGUAAUUAAAAAGCUUGAUAGGAAUUGGCAAGCAUAGCUCCUCCGCCUUUCCCUCCCCUCCGAGCUGGACUGGCGUGGAGCGUGAGGCACGGUUGGCAGAGUACCUGAGGGAGUGAAGGCAGGAGGCUCUGCAGGAACCUCUGCCUGCAAGAAAGCAAUGGAGAAAUCCCGACCCUUAUGGGACAAUCCCCUGCAGUUUGUUUUUGCCUGCAUUUCCUAUGCUGUGGGGCUGGGAAAUGUGUGGAGGUUUCCAUACUUAUGUCAGAUGUACGGAGGAGGUGGCUUUCUGAUCCCGUACCUCAUCAUGCUGAUUGCCGAGGGGAUGCCGCUGCUGUACCUGGAGCUGGCCGUGGGGCAGCGUAUGCGGCAGGGCAGCAUCGGCGCCUGGAAAAUAAUAAGUCCCUACCUCUGCGGUGUUGGAGUUGCCAGUGUUGUUGUCUCCUUCUUCCUCUCCAUGUACUACAACGUGAUAAAUGCCUGGGCCUUCUGGUACCUCUUCCACUCCUUCCAGGACCCCCUGCCAUGGGCCACCUGCCCCAUCAACAGCAACCGCACGGGCUACGAGGAGGAGUGCGAGAAGACAUCCUCCACGCAGUACUUCUGGUACCGGCAGACGCUGAACAUCUCGCCGUCGCUGGAGGCCAGCGGCAGCGUGCAGUGGGAGCAGGCGCUGUGCCUGACGCUGGCCUGGCUCGUGGUUUACCUCUGCAUCCUCCGCGGCACCGCCUCCACCGGCAAGGUCGUCUAUGUGACAGCCUCUUUGCCAUACUGUGUUCUCAUCAUAUACCUCAUCAGAGGAUUAACACUUCAUGGAGCUGUGAAUGGUCUCAUCUACAUGUUCACACCAAAGCUGGAGCAGCUGUCCAACCCCAAGACCUGGAUCAGCGCUGCCACGCAGAUCUUCUUCUCGCUGGGCCUUGGCUUCGGCAGCCUCAUCGCCUUUGCCAGCUACAACGAGCCCUCCAACAACUGCCAGAGACACGCCAUCAUCGUGUCCCUCAUCAACAGCACCACCUCCGUAUUUGCCAGCAUUGUCACUUUCUCCAUCUACGGCUUCAAGGCGACCUUUAACUAUGAGAGCUGUAUCAACAAGGUGAUCCUGCUGCUGCUGAAUGCUUUUGACCUGGAGGAAGGCUCUUUAACAGCAGACAACCUCAAUGAGAUGAAAGAUUACCUCAUGGCCACUUACCCACAGGAAUAUGCCCAAUUAGCACCACAGAUUAAAAACUGCAGCUUGGAGGCUGAGCUAGACACGGCUGUCCAGGGGACGGGACUGGCAUUUAUAGUCUAUUCGGAAGCAAUCAAAAACAUGGAGGUGCCCCAGCUGUACUCGGUGCUCUACUUCUUCAUGCUGCUGAUGCUGGGCAUUGGCAGCAUGCUGGGGAACACGGCUGCCAUCCUCACACCGCUGACCGACAGCAGGGUCAUUGCCUCCCGCUUUCCCAAGGAGGUGAUCUCGGGUGUUGUGUGUUUCAUGAAUUGUAUAAUUGGCCUGAUCUUCACCAUGGAGGCUGGAAAUUACUGGUUUGACAUCUUCAAUGACUACGCAGCCACCCUCUCGCUGCUGCUCAUCGUGCUGGUGGAAACCAUCGCUGUGUGUUACAUCUAUGGGAUAAGGAGAUUUGAGAAAGACCUUUACACCAUGAUGGGAAGCAAGCCAAACUGGUAUUGGAAAAUUAUGUGGGCUUUUGUUAGUCCACUGCUUAUUAUAAGCCUAUUUAUUUUUUACCUCACCGACUAUAUCCUCACAGGAACAUUGCAAUACCAAGCAUGGGAUGCCACACAGGGGCAGCUGGUGACCAAGGAUUACCCAGGCUAUGCCCUGGCCGUGAUCGGGCUGCUGGUGGCCUCAUCCACCAUGUGCAUACCCCUGGGAGCACUAAUGACUUUUAUAAGGAAGAGAAUGAAGAGGGAACGAGUUUCAACUGUUGCAUGAAAGCUGACAGCUGGAUUUGGGAGGACCUUACCCCCAUCACCAGUGACUGGGCACUUCUGGAAGACAGCAGCAACCAUUAUUUGUAGCAGCUACUUAUAGAGUUGAGAAUGGUGGGUGCUAUAUUGACCAAAAAGUGCUCUUGGGAGGUUCCACAAUGGUUUGGGGAAAAAAAGCUCUUCUGUAACAAGAUGAAGCUUUAAAGCGGCCUCUGUAAGAGGUGAGAAGAAGAGCAGCUCACAAAAUGCCAGCUAGCACAAAUUAACCAGCACAUCAGCCCAUUACAUAUUAGGUGAUUCUUCUCCACUGUUGUAGCACUGCCUGUGUGGAAACAUGAAUAACCAAGCAUGUUCCUGCACCAAUUUACCAGCAAAUGCCCACAAACCAUUCAAGACACUCAAGCAUACUCAUUGUUUGAAAUGACAUGUACUUCAUAAACAGGUGAAACUCUUGGAAGUCUGGCAGUGAGAAUGUGACAAUUGCUUUCCUACGUGGGAGUAAUCAGCAGGAUGGCACUGGGGGAAAAUGUGGCCAACACUGCUUCUUUUAUACUUGUGUCCAGCAAAGCAGUGAAUAUAUAUAUUUAUAUAUGUAUAUAUCUAUAUAUAUAUGCACACAUAUGUGUGAGCUGCACAAGUUCUGCCACCUCCAGAAGUAAGCUUCCAAUUCCAGCAUGCAACUGUGCUGUACUUUGUAUUUUCUAGUGAUGUACUUUAAGUACACUAGAAGAGAUCUGUGAUAAAGCUGCUUUACGAGCCCCACCCAAACAACAGUAUGCCAUACAAUUAGCUUUGACAAAGGUCAUAUCCAGGUAUUCUUUAAUCAUCAGAUGUAACAAUCCAGCAGUUCCGUGGACCUGGUUAAUUUCCCAUGUAUGUAAAUGUUUUAUAAAGAAAGCAACAUGUUUAAAUUGCAAGCUUCAUGUAAUAAAAACCAUUAAAAUUAUAUCUAUGAACUUUAGAAAAGGUUGCUCUGAAGAACAGUACUAGAGAUGCUCACAGGACAGGGGUUCUUAAUACAGUGUCUUAACUAUGGAACCAUUAGAAGAUGGCAAGUGCCUUAGAAAAGAGGGAUUAAUUAAUUUAACACUGUUAAAGCACAACACAAGUCUCGCAUUCUGGGGCACAAAAAGCAAGAGGAACUGUACAGCCCCCAAGGGUGGGCAAAAUCUCGACAGUGACAACCAAGAUCGGGGUAGUCUGCAACAGCCCUAGAAACAGGACACACCUGCCUCCCUCCCCAGGCUUUGCUAACAAAGGAAAGACACCUUUUCACAUU